GCGGAACUGAAAGCCUGCGCAGCCCAGCCUGCAAGCUCUCUACCCUGAAGGCGCUGCCCCAGCUCCAGCCCCCCAGCCGCCGGGACCCCAUGCCGAGGCAGGAUGGAGGAUUUAGAUGCCUUGUUGGCAGAACUGGAGGAGAGCUCUCGCCCAGGCUCCAAGGACCACAUGCUGCAGAUGCCAAGCUCCUGCAAGCAGGAUCCAGCCACAGCGGGGCCCCCAGCCCCAUGUGGCCGUGAGCCACUUGCCUCGGUGGCCCUGAAGGUGCAGCUGCCACCUUGCGCUCAGCCUCCAGGAGAGGCUUUGAAGACAGUGUACAGCAGUCCCAUACCAGUCCCACAGCCACUGAUCCCCUCGCCCCCACCCACGGCAGCCGCCCGGCAGCUGGACGAGCUCCUGGCCGACCUGGGCCACAUGCAGAGUAAGGUGAGCCUUGGCCCUGGGGGAAAGGAGGUUGGGGGCCUGGCCCUCACCCAGCCCUCAUCUGGCCCUCGCCACCCUCCUUCCUGGCAGCUAGCAGCUGUGGGGCAGGAAGCCGGGGUGCCAGUGGAGCCCAAGCCCUCGCUGGACAACAUGCUGGGCAGCCUCACCCGGGACCUGCAGGAGCUGGGCAUCACAGCCACCCCCGCCAGCGUCUGCGCCACCUGCCACAAGCCCAUCGCUGGCAAGGUACUCACAGCCCUGGGCAAAACCUGGCACCCUGAGCACUUCACCUGCGCCCGCUGUGGGCAGGAGUUGGGCAGCCGGCCCUUCUUUGAGCGGGGCGGGCAGGCGUACUGCGAGGAGGACUAUCACCAGGCCUUCUCACCCCGCUGCGCCUACUGUGCCGGCCCCAUCCGUGAGAAAGUCCUCACGGCCCUGGACCAGACCUGGCACCCCGAGCACUUCUUCUGUGCCCACUGUGGGAAGGUGUUUGGAGAUGACGGUUUCCACGAGCAGAGCGGGAAGCCGUACUGCCACCGGGACUUCCUGGCCAUGUUUGCCCCGAAAUGCCAGGGCUGCGAUCGCCCCGUAAUGGACAACUACCUGUCAGCUCUGCAGGGCGUCUGGCACCCCGAGUGCUUCGUCUGCACGGAGUGCCUGAGCAGCUUCGCCAGCGGCUCCUUCUUCGAGCUGCAGGGACGUCCCUACUGCGAGCUGCACUUCCACCAGCGGCAGGGCAACAUCUGCCACGGCUGCGGCCGCCCUGUGACCGGCCGCUGCAUCACAGCUGCGGGGCGCAAGUAUCACCCCGAGCACUUCAUCUGCGCCUACUGCCUGGGCCAGCUGCAGAAAGGCACCUUCCGCGAGCACGGCGACAAGAUGUACUGCCGGGCCUGCCACGACAAGCUCUUCCUCUGACCCCCAGCAAACAGCCACCCUUCUUACCUGGCUGGAUGUCCGUGGUAUCAUCGCCACCAACAUCCCUGGCACAUUCCCUGCCAGGCCAGGCAUCCCUGGCAUCAUCCUUGCUGAGCCAAACAUGCCUCAUAUUGUCCCACCCAUCAACAUCCCUUGCAUUGGUCCUGCUGAGCCAAAUGUCC